UGAAACGAUGGUCACGCCAAAUUCUCAAAGGCCUUAUAUACCUACAUUCACAUAAUCCACCAAUUAUUCAUCGUGAUAUCAAAUGUGACAAUAUCUUUAUCAAUGGCGCUCAUGGGGAAGUGAAAAUUGGUGACAUGGGAACGGCCAAGAUGAAGUUGGGAAAAAAGUAUACCGUCAUCGGGACUCCUGAGUUCAUGGCUCCCGAAAUGUACGAAGAAAAAGGAUAUAACGAAAAGGUCGAUAUCUAUGCGUUUGGCAUGUGCCUUCUUGAAAUGGUUACCGGCGAAUAUCCAUACAUUGAAUGCGAGAAUGCACCUCAACCAGAAGUGGUGUUAUUAACUGCAGAUAACGCAAAAACUCAACUAACCCUGCAAGUUGUUUUCAAAGGAAUGGAUAAAUUAUCCGUUAAAUUUGAAUUUAACGUUGAAAAAGACACAGCAGAGCAAGUCGUUAAUGAAAUGAUCGAGGAGAAAGUUCUUAAAGAUCAGUAUCAACAACUUGUAACUCAUGAGAUAAAUCGUAUUUUACGUGACAUUAAUAAAUCAACAAGUGAGGAUGAAUCAAAGAAAGAAGAGCACAAGACAUCAUGGCCAUCACAACCAAUAACACCGCCUUUUCAUGUGGGAAUGUCUCCACAUUUACAACCCCAGAGAUCCUCUCAUACACCUGUUCCUACGCCGAUGGUCCUCGAACGGGAUAGCCCAACUAGCACGUUAUCACAACAACAAAUAAUGGCAGAACCAUCGCGAAGGAAUUCCCUUCCUGGUGGACAGGCAGAAUGGAAUCAAGAAUUUGAUGAAACACAUCCCGUUAAAGAUAAAACACCAAUUGAAGAUUUUGUUCUUGAAGUUGUCCUUGCAACAAACAAAGACCCCGAAAAAGCAAAGGAAUGGACAGAAAAACUAAAAAAGCAAGAAAUCGAGACUGUUGGCAAUUUACGAGCACUAAUUGACGAAGAUUGGCAAGGUAUUGGAUUAACCGUAUUUGCCAUGCGUGCUCUAAAGAAUUCCUUACGUGGUAAGACAUUGAGAAGCCAAAGUAGUGUUACAAACCCAUAG